UCAAAUGAGAAAACCAAAAGAGAAAGAAGCAGCAAACACUGUUGCCCCUGCACAGCAGCAGUGCACGACUUCUUGCCCCUGUUUUCAGCUUUUUUCUUUAUUGAAACUCUUCACUCAAUCUCAAAUUAAGCCAAAGUUUCUCCAAAUUCACACUCAAUCAGAAAGCACAAGUCAUUUCAAAACGAUUAAUCCAAUGGUCACUCACUAGUCACUAACCCCAAUGAACAAAACCCCAACAAUUACUCUAUUAAUAAAAACGCAAUAACUGAAGAACAAAAUAGAACAAACAAAGAUCAGUAGCAAAUCAUAACCACACAACCAUUUUCUAGCCAUUAACAACCACUUUCUAGUUCAUCUUCUCUCAUCAAUUUUUUCUGUUUCAGCACAAAACAAGGAAGAGACGGUGGUGGCCAAAGAAGCUAUGUCAUCAGCUGAUUCAACUUUUGCUCAAGUGCAUUCAAGUUGGUCAAUUUACUCUACUACUCUUACUCAUUCCAUCACAUCUUUUGUUGGAUCAAUCGAAGAAGUUGAGGGAUCACUAGGUCAAUAUUUUAGAUGUUCCGAAAACAUUAAAGAAAUUGAUGAAAAAGAUUUAAUGGGAAUGGUAUCUUCAAAAAUCCGUUCUUUUGUCCGUAAAGGCCUUUUGUCUAAUGAACAAGGGAUGGUUGCUGCCAGACAUUUUGAUGCUAAACAUUUUGGGAUUGAAGUUGAUAUGUGGUUAAUCUUUGAGAAUGCCGAAAAAGUUGAUUAUAUUAAAAGUCUCUGCAGGGUCAAGGAAGGUGCCCACCAGUUGAUGCCCACGAGAGAGUGUCAAGGGCGUUCUUCAAGAUCAAUUUAACCAUGUAAUGGUUGAAUGGCGGUGACUGUUUAUAAUAUGAAUUUAGAAUUAAUGUUUAUCUAAUUGUGAGUUUAUCUAAUCCACGUGUCGACACAUGAACCACUCUGUUUUUCACUUAGGAGCAUGUAAUGCCUUUACAGUUUACAAUUAAUGUUGGUUUAAAUUUAUGGUUGUUAGAUAUUGAAAUAUUUUUGUAUGGGUAUGGUACAGUUUUGUACUAAUUACCCACCUUUAAAUUUGUCUGUUUGUCUAUCAACAUAAACAAUUUUUUAAGAUGUAGCUAAAUUAUUCAUUCCAAAA